UUUUCCAAUGGUUCCUCGAUCUCUUUGUUUCUCAAAAGAGAAAAAAAAAACAUGCAUUCCUCUCUUCAAUUCCCCAUAAACUGGAAAUAGAUCGAAUAUGAUUGCUGAUUUGCUGCUAUUGUAUAUAUCGAAGAUCUCAGUUACUGUAUAUAUUCAGCUGAUCAUACCGUACUAGCUUUCAAGUCCAGAUCGAACAGAUUCAGAGUGUCGAUCAAUCACCUUCAAGUUCUAUUGAGAAUGAGUGAGCGGAUCAGCGACGACGGUAAUGUGGGAAAGGAGGAGGCAGUAGCGGCAACACUUCCAGACAAGAUCAGCAGCGCCCAUUCAUCAAAGCGGACACUGGCAUAUGUUGCUCACAAAGUUGGAGUACCUCCCAAGCAAAGCAUCUUCCAGGAAUUCACUGCCGCCGUGAAGGAGACAUUCUUUGCCGAUCAACCUUUGCGUUCUUUCAAAGACCAGUCCAGCGCUAGAAAGUUUGUGCUUGGCAUUGAAGCCUUAUUUCCAAUUACCAGAUGGUCUAGGGAUUACAGUUUUGCUAAACUCAGAGGUGACGUGAUUGCUGGACUUACUAUAGCAAGUCUUUGUAUUCCUCAGGAUAUUGGAUACGCAAAGCUUGCGGGUCUGCCUGUGCAAUAUGGUUUAUACUCCAGUUUUGUACCACCUCUUAUAUAUGCGUUCAUGGGUAGCUCAAGAGAUAUUGCCAUCGGGCCGGUGGCGGUGGUAUCUUUGCUGCUUGGGACUAUGCUUCAAAAUGAAAUCAACUCUACAGAUUUGGUACCAUAUCGACGCCUUGCUUUCACUGCUACCUUCUUUGCAGGACUCACUCAACUCGGCUUAGGGUUUUUCAGAUUGGGUUUUUUGAUUGACUUCCUCUCUCAUGCUGCCAUUAUUGGGUUUAUGGCUGGAGCAGCCAUUACCAUUUCCCUUCAACAGCUAAAAGGAUUGCUUGGUAUCAAAGUAUUUACCAAGAAGUCUGACAUCGUUUCAGUCUCUCGUUCAGUCUUCUCCGCAGCUCAUCAUGGGUGGAAUUGGCAGACCAUAUUGAUAGGAGUCUCAUUCUUGGCCUUUCUUAUUAUCGCCAAGUACAUUGGAAAAAUAAAGAACAAGAAAUACUUUUGGGUAACUGCAAUUGCACCUUUGAUCUCUGUGAUCCUUUCCACUUUUUUUGUGUUUAUUACCCGCGCAGAUAAGCAAGGAGUUGCAAUUGUGAAUCAUAUAAGAAAGGGCGUCAACCCAUCUUCAGCUCAUGAAAUUUACUUCUCUGGAGAUCUCCUUGGUAAAGGCUUUAAGAUUGGUGUGGUGGCUGGCAUGGUUGCCUUAACAGAAGCCAUAGCAAUUGGAAGAACAUUUGCUGCAAUGAAGGACUAUCAGAUUGAUGGAAACAAAGAAAUGGUAGCAAUGGGAACAAUGAAUAUCAUUGGCUCAAUGACAUCAUGUUAUGUCGCUACCGGCUCCUUCUCUCGCUCUGCCGUAAACUACAUGGCCGGCUGCCAAACCGCCGUCUCCAACAUUGUCAUGUCCAUCGUGGUCCUCCUUACCUUGAGUUUCAUUACACCGUUGUUUAAGUAUACCCCUAAUGCCAUUCUUGCCUCCAUUAUUAUCAAUGCCGUCUUGGGAUUAAUCGAUAUCGACGCAAUGAAAUUGAUAUGGAAGAUUGACAAGCUGGAUUUUGUUGCCUGCAUGGGAGCAUUCUUUGGUGUCGUCUUCAUCUCCGUCGAAAUUGGUCUGUUGAUUGCAGUCUCCAUCUCCUUCGCCAAAAUUCUCUUACAAGUGACAAGGCCACGAACUGCAUUGCUCGGAAGGAUCCCUAGAACAAAGGUUUACAGAAAUGUCCAGCAAUAUCCUGCAGCUAUUCAAAUUCCUGGUGUUCUCAUUGUUAGGGUUGACUCUGCUAUUUACUUCUCCAACGCCAACUAUGUCAAGGAGAGAAUUUUGAGAUGGGUGACGGACGAAGAAGUACAGCUAAAGGAAAAGUGUCUACCGAAAAUCGACUACCUGAUUGUGGAAAUGUCACCUGUUAUUGAUAUUGACACUAGUGGGAUCCAUGCAUUGGAAGAGCUAUAUAAGAGUCUUCAGAAGAGAGACAUUCAGCUUGCUCUAGCAAAUCCGGGAACAGUGGUGAUCGACAAGAUGCAUGCAUCUGACUUUCCUGAUCUAAUUGGGAAGGAGAAGAUUUUUCUUUCAGUUGCAGAUGCCAUUCUUACACUUUCUCCGAACAAUGAAAUUUGAUGCAUGUGUUUGCGUGUAUCAG